AUGGCCAGCAGUAACGAGACAGACGAGCCGAGCAGCCUUACAGAUCAGACUGGAUACGUUAAGCCGAGUAGAAUUGUUAUGAUUUUUCUCACCUGCGCAAGCGUUGACCUGGUCGCACUCAUGGACCAGACCACCUUGGCUGCAAGCUUGUCAUCGGUGUCUCGAGCCUUAGGAACUUCGACUAGCUUUCAACUUCUCUACGGCCGAUUAUCAGACAUCUGGUCACGAAAGACAGUCCUGUUGUGCUGCAUGUUUCUGUUCUUCAUCGGGUCUCUCGCGGCGUCCUUAGCGCAAACCACGACGCAACUAAUCGCUUUCCGGGCGAUCACUGGCGUGGGAGGAGGCGGACUGAUGACGCUGGCUCAGACGAUCGUCUCUGAUGUUGUCUCUCUCCGUGAAAGGGGAAAGUACCAAGGGAUCUUGGGGGCCGUGGUUGCGCUAGCUAACGGUAUUGGGCCCAUCAUUGGUGCCUCGCUAACGUCAAUUAGUCCUGAGUCUUGGAGAUGGAUCUUUCGACUGAACUUGCCAUUGACGGCUGUUUCGACAGUGGCGAUAGUCUACAUGAUGCCGUUGAAGCGAGUGCAAGGAUCCUGGAUUUUCAAGCUCAAGGCCAUUGAUUUUGCAGGUGCAUUACUUACACUGACUGCUUCAACGUGCCUCGUGUUGUCACUUACCUGGGCCGGGAUUGACCAUCCGUGGCAUUCGGCGGCGGUCAUUACGCCGUUAAUUCUUGGAGUGGUCCUCUUGGCCGCUUUCGUUAUUUGGGAAGGAAUAGGUCCAAAGUACCCGCUCAUGCCAUUGCAUAUUUUUCGUAACCCCCUAGUGAUCGGGAUAUGCACAACCAUGUUCAUAAACGGUUGGCUCUUUGUCACUCAGAUCUACUACAUUCCGGCUUUCUUUCAGUUAGCAUAUGGUCUCUCUCCCAUGAAAUCCGGGGCUCUUCUUCUCCCAAUAACUCUGAUGCAAACCGUUUCCAGCACUUUCUCCGGGUUGAUCGUGCAUUGGACCGGCCGAUACCGGGAGAGCAUCAUCAUAGGUUGGGUCUCUUGGACUGUAGGCCUUGGUCUGUACUCCACUCUUGACACCACACAUUUUGACUUAGGCAAAGCUAUCGGUUACGGUCUUCUCACUGGAUUUGGUGUUGGCCAAACUCUGCAACCGUCCUUGAUCGCCAUACAGGCAGGCGUCGCCCGACAGGAUAUGGCCGUGAUUACGUGCACACGCAAUUUUGUACGUAACCUGGGGUCCACCUUAGGUCUUGCUGUGGCUGCUACCCUCAUUUCCUCCAGUCUGCAGUCUCGGGUGACCGGCCAGAACGCUGCUCAAGUCAUUGACGAUCCUGAGGCAUACCUGUCAAUGAUUCCCGAAGGCGCACGGCAGGCGGCACAAGAAAUGGUCCUGUCUGCUUACUCGCAGGGCUUUCGACACGUCUUCUACCUGAAUGCUGCACUGAGCGCUUUGGCCGCUCUGCUUGCAUGGACAAUGAUCUCCCACAUCAACUUAGACCGGCCAGAUGACGCCGCGUUGAAUGAGCAAAGAGAUCUUGAGACCGCCAAGAAAAGCGACGUCCAGUAA